UCUUUGCUUAUUUAACCGAUUCUUUUUUCUUUCUAUUCUUUGUAUUAACAUUCAUUGACAUCUUUUUAUUUUUAUUUUUAUUUUUUUCCCCAUUCUUCGCGCACCAUUCACUUGGGUGCUCAAUGGCAUCCACGACCUUGGCCUUGCCAUCGAUACUUUUGUAUUUUUACGUGUUGUCUGUUUGUCAUCGCUAUCUUUAUUAUAUUUUACGAUUCGAUCGUUGGGGCGGAGCGGAUAUUGCGGACAGACAAAAAACAAAAAAGAAAAAAGAAGCGGUGGCGACGUAUCGCGACAAAGCGACCACCAGCUCUGCUAUUUUAUUUUCAUUCUCAUUCUCAUUCAUGCCUGCUCAUUCUGGCCCUUGUGUGUAUUCAUAUUUGUCAUUUGUCCCCUUUGGUAUUACAACCCAAGAAGUAUUUCUCGUUCCUUUUUUUUUAUUUUAUUUUCUGUAGAACGGACAUUGUAUCGUCCUCUUUUCUCAUCCAACCGGCCUUGCUUUGUCGAGACUUGUAUAUUAUUAUUAAAAAAUGAAAAAAUGAAAAAAA